GGUCGUUGGGUUGAGUAGAUGUAGGAGGGUUGUCACGCCUGUGCUCAGUGUGUUGGCUAUAUAUUCCAAACCAUAAGGACACACUCAGUCGCAACCAUCACCAACUGCUCUUUUCUUCUAGUGCCAAACCAGGACGUGUCUAUGUGUGUGUGUGUGUGUGUGUGUGUGUGUGUUGGGCAGCGGGAAAGAAGAAUAUCGGCAAUACAAGACCACAUUCUCUGGCAAGACCAGACAACUAGAUUAAAAAACCCAAAGGCUUAUUCUAACUUACCCCUUGGGGAAGCGGGAAGCUAACUUGUCAGGGUAGUGGUCGUCAUGGCAGCAGGCAGCGGAAAUGGUGAUGGUAGAGGUGGUGUGCAUGCCCAGAAGGUAUGUGGAUUCUUCCUGCAGCACAAGGGUAGGCCGUGCAGAAUGCUGGUGAAGGCAGGGCGGCGGUACUGCGGCCAGCACCUGGUGGAGGAGAACUCGCAGGAGACCACUGGCCAACACAAGAGGAUUCCUUGCCCUCUGGAUCCCAAGCAUUCCUGCUUUGAGCACCGGCUGGAGCACCACCUCACUAUCUGCAACGCCCGGGUGGUGAUGGAUCUUCCCCACCUCAGGCCCAACUGCAAUCUGCGGGUGUGUGGGGACGACGUGCCCUCUAAGGUGCCCCUCUCCUCCCUGCCUGACGAGGUGCUGCUGGCCUUCAUCAGCAAGUUGGAAAGGAUACACGCAGACGCCAUUGACGCUAUCAGAGAGUCGGUUCUUUGUCUGGAUGCGGUAGAGGCAGUGAUAGCGGGAUGCUGUGGCAGCCCCAGUGUGGUGCGGCACCUCAGGCAGACCUCCUCCCUCCUAGCACACUUGCAGGCAGUGAACCUCCUUGACACUGCUACCAACCCAACCUGUUACGUGGAGUUUGGAGCAGGCCGAGGCCAACUCACAAAAUCACUGACGGAGGCAGUGACUGACACCAGCAAAGCUCUGUUCCUGCUGAUAGAUCGAGGUGCUCAGAGGUACAAGUAUGACACCAAGCUAAAAUACAACCAUAAUAUUAAUGUAAAACGAAUCCGUGUGGACAUUCAGCACCUCAACCUGGAGGGAGUGGAGGGCAUUGGAGGCUACCGGCACAUUGUGGGACUUGGCAAGCAUCUGUGUGGCAGUGCUUCAGAUCUGGCCCUGCGUUGUCUGUGCCAGCACCCUGGUACGGAGGUGGCAGGGGUGGUGCUGGCCCUGUGCUGCCACCACCGGUGUGUCUGGGACUCCUACUGUGGUCUGGAGGUGCUGCAGGGACUGGGUGUGGUGCCCUCGGAGUUUUACAUUCUGACGGCACUUACUGGAUGGGCAACUUGCAACUCAAGAGAUGUUCCAAGCAAAGAAGAGAUGACUUCUGAGCCUCAAAACUCAGAUGGUUUUGAAAUGAAUCCUAGUCAAGAGGAGCAUCCCAAGCUUUUGUCACCAAAAGUAACCAUGACUGAGAAGAAGCUCAUGGACAAUCGUUACACCAGAUUGAACUUGUCAGCGCAGCACCGGGAGGAGAUAGGCAGGAAGGCCAAGCAGGUGCUGGACUACGGCCGGAUGCAGUACAUGUGUGAGCAAGGCUUUGAGUGCAGCCUGGUGCAGUAUGUGGCCAGGGACACCACCCCGGAGAAUGUGGCUUUGAUUGCAAGCCGUGUGGCAAGGUAACCCUACUUAGGCAGAGGAAAUGAACAGUCUUCCAUAGUUAAUCGCAUUGAAUUCAACAACCUAAGAUAGUGUUUGUAGAGAUUGUGAGUACAUUUUUCUCUGCCUUUUUGAUUGUGUUACAAGGAAGUUCUAAGUAAGUAUUUAAAGUAUUAAUAAUAAGACUUUUGUUGAAUAGUUUUAGUGCAGAAGUGCUCAGAUAACGUGAGGGGAGGAGAAUUAAUUUGCUGUCACUCACCUACGUGUGCAGACAAAAUCUGUCUGCACAAGUGAAACAAGAGAGCUAAGUAUCACUUGGUCAUCUAAUCUGGGGUAUCUUAACAUUACAUGCUGGUUUGUGUAUAUCUAGCAGUGAACUACUGUACCACAUAGCAAAUUUCCUCUCUGAAUUGAAUGUGUCAAGCCAUAAAUGUUGAUUUAAGCUUGUAAAAUUGAAAUCCAUGUUACUUGAGGACUUAUCUAAUAGUUUAUAAUUUAUACUGUCCAGUUUGUGAGAUUAUGGUGUGCCAAGAUGAAAAGAGUGAAAUACUAAAGUUAAUAUUAUUUAGUAAAGGAAGAGAAGAUGCCAAAGUUAAUAUUUUUUAGUAAAAGAAGAGAAGAUGCCAACUAUUGUAAUGAAGAUCAUGUCCUAGUGUUUAAUGUGAUGAGAAUUUGUUAGUAUCACUGAAGGUAGAGUUUGUCUCUAACCAAUGUUUUUAGAUGUUAAGCAGAGAAGAUACUCAGAUAUUCAUUUGAAAUGCUGAUAUUCUUUAGUCACAGGAAGGAUUCAUACAUUGUGUCAAAUGAAUCGGAAUGGAAUGAACUUCCAUUUGUGAUUUAUACUUUGCUGAUGUGGAUAAGUUUAGUAUCUUAGAGCUGAUGUGGAUAAGUUUAGUAUCUUAGAGUAAGUGUACACAUAUCUUUCCCUCACUGAUUGUCACGAAUGAUUAAUGUAUUUAAAUAAACCUGCCUCCUUCUC